CCGGGCCCUGCACCUGUGACUCCCGGCUGCGCCGCGGCCGCGCUUGCCCUGUGCCCGCAGCCCCAUGGCCCCGUCCCGGCUGCAGCUCGGCCUCCGCGCCGCCUACUCCGGGAUUAGCUCCGUGGCCGGCUUUUCCAUCUUCCUCGUCUGGACGGUCGUCUACCGACAGCCGGGGACCGCGGCCAUGGGGGGACUCGCAGGUGUGCUGGCGCUCUGGGUCCUGGUGACGCACGUGAUGUACAUGCAAGAUUACUGGAGGACCUGGCUCAAGGGGCUGCGGGGCUUCUUCUUUGUGGGCGUCCUCUUCUCAGUCGUCUCCAUCGCCGCCUUCUGCACCUUCCUUGUGCUGGCCAUCACCCGACACCAGAGCCUCACAGACCCCAACAGCUACUACCUCUCCUGCAUCUGGAGCUUCAUUUCCUUCAAGUGGGCCUUCCUGCUCAGCCUCUAUGCGCACCGCUACCGGGCUGACUUCGCCGACAUCAGCAUCCUCAGCGAUUUCUGACCCAGGGUUGAGGUCUCUGCACCCUGGGGAUCCUCAGGACCUGGACUCAGCCUCUGAGACAUUGGGCGGGCCUGCCCUAUGCCCUGGGCACCCCAGAACUGGGGCAGAACAUACACAGCAGGAGGAUUAUGGCCCCCCGGAAGCUGCCCUGCCCCCUUUGGGGGAGACCCAGGUGUGGUAGAAAGGGGUUCCUGCUAUGUUGCCCCUCAUCAGCAUGGCUGGAAGGCAGCUUUCGACCUUUUCAAAUGGGUCUAUUUUCUUAGCAUUCGGUGAGGAAUCUUUGCAGGCAGGGCUAGGGCCUUGAUCUCUGCCUGGUUGCAGGGGCAGGUAGUUUGGUCCUUGCUGCCCCAGGCACUCUCCCUGAGGCUGGGGUGACAGCCGGGGCAGGGCAGGUCAAGUAUACCCCUCCACCCCAGCACCCCCAUUCUGUUGUCCCCCAAGGGUCAGAUAGGUUAACUAAGGAGCCCAAGGGUGGCGACUCUUGAUUCUUUCCCCAAGGCUUGGGGGGCCGAGUGGAGAGGUGAGUCCCUCCUCCUUCCCUGUUCCACUCAGAGCUGGUCUCCAUGAGUGUGCUAGAGCUAGGCAGUCAUCUGUGGCUAGCCUCUCUCACACACCCCUUCACGCCCCAGAGCAGGACUCAACAAGGACAGGUUAAGGGUCAGGAAUAUGCUUCUGCCUCCAGGACUUUGAGGGAGGGGCAGCACGGUACAGGCUGGAAGGAGCCCCCAAGCCUGUGCCCAGGCACCUCCAACCCUGGGUUUCCACCCUGCCUUCUCACACCUGCCCCGACCACCCCGGCCAUGACACCUUCUCUGCCUCCCAACCCCUGCUCACUGCCUCCCCUCCCCUAGAGCUCUCAUCUUUUUUUAGUCUCCCUUCUGAAGGACAAAAUCUGCUUCUCAGCCCCCACGCUGGCCCAAGGGCUCACCUAAGUUGGGAGGGAAGGGGCUAUUAAAUCUUUUUCUGUUAGGUUGCCAUUUUGCACGGUCUACCCCUUUUCCCCGAUGUGUCCUACCCCCAGCUCUUUGCCUUAUCUGUGUCACUGUCACUUUAGCAGAAAUACAGCUGCCAUUUGUAUCAGCCAGCCUCUGGUUGUUUCUUGUCAUGUGGGAAUUGGUGGGGGGGGCGGUCUGUGGGAGGUUGGUGGGGAAG